CCUUCUAGCACACAAGUUGGUGGGGAUACAUCUUAAAACGAUCCUUCGCUCACUAGUCUUGUUAAUAUUGCUGUUGCAGCUUGCUGAAAAGUGUCUCUAAAAAUGAAAUAUUUGAUAACAGGAAUUCUUUUGUGUGCUAUUAGUUUUUCAUUAGGCGAUGUAGAAUCGGAAUUCAAAAAGGCGAAAAUCGAACCAGAUAUUAUAGACAAAGCACCAAUUGAAAAGAUCGAGGUAAAAUAUGGUAAGAAGGUAGUUGAUUUGGGAACCGAAUUGACGCCGACUGAAGCUCAUGAGAUACCAGAAAUCCACUAUAAACACGAAGGAGGAGUUCUGUAUACGCUUGUCAUGACAGAUCCGGAUGUACCAAGGAGGGGAGGAUACAACCGAGAGUUCCGACACUGGCUCGUGGGAAAUAUACCAGAAGAGAACAUAGCUAAAGGUGAGAUCCUGGCGGAAUAUGUCGGUCCUGCGCCGCCAAAAAACACUGGAAAACAUCGUUACGUAUUUCUCAUUUAUAAGCAAAAUCAGGGCGCUAUUACCUUCGAUGAAAGAAGACUGAGCACUUGGGAUGGAAGUCAACGAAAGAGGUUCUCCAUAAAGAAGUUUGCAGAAAAGUAUAACUUGGAGGGCCCGAUUGCUGGUAACUUUAUGGUGGCGGAAUACGACGACAAUGUGCCUGCUUAUCAUAAACGUUUGAAUCUUUAAUUAAACGGUAUUUAAUUAAUUUCUAAAUGUUUUCA